ACUCAGAGAGAAGGGAAGGGAAGGGGAGGGAGGAGCUCAGGGAUGGAGGAGAGCGAAGGAGUUGUCGAGGAUGGAAUACAGCGGCCGACGACAACGACCACCACAACGACGACGACGACGACAACGUCUCUGGGAGAUGGGGAGUGCGAUGAGUCGUCGGUAGUGCAGGAGCCGAAGAAGAAGAAGCAGAAGAAAAACGGGAGCUUCCACGCGAGCACGACGAAGAAGAGGAGGUGCAGCGAUGGCGUCGAGGGUUUCGCAGGUGGAUUGGCAGGAGGAGUGGGCUCAAUUCUCAAAGAGCAUGACGAGGACGAGGAGGACGAGGACGAUGAUGACGAUGACGCGUCGGAUGAGCCCGAGCAGGUGCAAUUUUACAUCGCUGUUGAUGGGGAUGGUGAUGGUGAUGUUGAUGCCGAUGCCGAGCACGAUGGAUGUUGGAAUGGAAGUGAAGGAGCUGCAGGAGGAGGAGGAGGAGCAGCAGCAGCGAAGGAUUUGCGCAUCGAAAUCCCGCAUUCAGUGCCGACGUCGGAAGUUGUGGAAACGACGACGACGACGACCACCGAGAACGAGGACGACGAGGACGACGAGGACGACGAUGACGGGGUGGGAGAUGUUAUUCCGGAAUUUGACCCUGACCACAAAGGGCACAGUCUCUUCACCGAAGAAUUGCGAGCUGCGGUGGAGGAGGGAUCGGCGCUGCAGUUGCCUCCGAUGAUGGCUGUUAUGGACUCGCAUUUUCCAUCGGAUGAGGAGCAGCUGCAGCAACAGCUUCUCCUCAUGGACGGCUCGAAAGAUGCCGUGCAUGUGAACGGGGGAGCAUUGCAAGGGCAGGUGCCCUUGCCCUUGCCGCCAUUGGCGACCGUGACGCCCUCCACGAACACGACGUACGAAGGUUUGAACGAGCAUUUGGAUGUGAUUGCGUUCAAAAUUUACUCCGCUUUACAGCAGGCGAAUUCGCAUCCUCCAGCUGUAUCGUCUCAAGCGGGAGAGGGCGAUGGUCAUUAUCAGCAGCUCGUCGACCAAGAACAAGGAGGGGACAAGAAUCACGCCGCGGGUGGCAUCGACGAAGGGGAGCGGACGCCUCGUCAUCCUCGAUGGACCAGGGAAGAAACUGCGGUUCUUCUGGCCGGCAAGAGAAAGCGGGACGAGGAGAUUAGAUCUCAGCAGUCGGGAUCGAAGUUUGCUCUGAGUGCCACGGAGCGAUGGGAUUCCAUUUCGAAUCACUGUAAAGCGCAUGGAGUCGACAGGGAUGCUCAUCAGUGUCGGAAGCGAUGGAGUAAUCUGGCCGCCGAUUUCAAGAAAAUCAGGACUUGGCACAAGAUGAGCGGCGUCGAGUCGUACUGGUCUAUGCGGGGCGAUAGUCGUAGGAAGAACAAGCUUCCUGGGAGUUUCGAUCCCGAGGUGUACGCGGACAUGGAAGCUACCUGCGAUUCUAAUCCUCACAGGAAGAGAAAGCUCGUCCCCAUGGCUGGCACCGCGGAAGACGUCGACGACCACCAACAUGAUCCUCUGGCCUCCGUGUUGGAAAGCAGCGGCAGGGCCAUGCAGGCAGCUUUAGCCCGAAACAUCCAAGCGCAGAUAGAGGCCCACAAUCAGAAUAGCGAGCUGGACAGGAAUCAGAGGAAGGAGCAAGGGGACAAUCUGGUGGGAGUUCUGGGGUUACUGGCCGAUUCUUUGGCCAAAAUCGCAGCGAAAAUGUGAGGCUGUGUAUUCGCAUGCAACUCGCAAGAUUCGAACAUGCGUGCUGUAUGUGUGGCCGCCUCUGCCACCGUGAGCCGCCAAGAAGCUGCAGCACCGAGGACAGACAGUCAAUUACUCUCGAUGCCUGGAGUUCGAAAAGGAGCUCUUCCUCGUGGAAACAUCCCAAAGGCAUUGUCUGGGAUUGAGUCGGUCAGCGUCUUUGUCAGUUUUCCUUCCGUGCAUCUCAUUCGUCAGUGGUGACCUAGCUGGACGGCGUUGAUCACGAGGUACUCUCCGUUCGAGCCCAGCUCGUCACAGCUAUCAAGCAUGAAAGCUGCAGAGUCCUCGGUCACUAGAAAUGCCACAUCGGACUUUUCAUCGAUUAUUCACGAAACGACACUUCCGUGUAACCGGACGCUUCCUGAUGACGAGCUUGGCAUCCAGGUUGAAAUGUAGGCAGCGCGUAGGGACUGCAUGAAUUGAGGUACUUCAGUGAGUCGAAGAGCGUGGAGAUUAGUAUAUUCUCUGCCUCAUUGCUUCCCACAGUGAUCGUUUUCCGUGUGGAAUUCUAGGAUCAUUCCACAGUACUGAGUUGCAUACAUUGAAUUGGUAUAUUUUACAAGAACAAUUCAGUGCAAAGGAUUGAAAAAUGCCAUAUGAUUUUCGGAUGCA